AUGACCGAGGUUUCGUCCACCAGGCUCUACCUGGGCAACCUCCCGCGUAAUGGCUGCUUGCGACUAGUUACCAAAGCUGAAGUUGAGGGACACUUUGCUACCCAUGGUACCGGCGAAAUAACUGAGAUAAAACUCAUGAAUGGAUUUGGCUUCAUCGAGUACAAGGACGCCAUGGAUGCGCGUGAUGUCGUUCCUGCCUUCCACGGAUCUGACUUCAUGGGCGAACGUCUGACCGUUCAAUUCGCUCGCGGCACCCGGCACCGCGAUGGCGGCGCCGCUCCUGACUUUGCUCGUCAGUCCAGCCUUGACGUUGUCUACUCCGAGACUGGCCGCGAUGGCAACGGACGCGGCUUUGUUGAAUUCGAAACCGCUGCCGACCUCAGAACCGCCGUGGAGAAGCUAGACGGUCGAGAGUUCAAAGGCAAACCUGUCAACUGCGUUGCCGAUACCCAGCCCGACAUUCCUCAACGUGACAACCGAGGUCGUUCCCGAUCCCCUAACGGCCGCCGCCCUCCUCCUCCUCCUCCAGUGGACGACUACGAUCGUCGCGGACCGCCCCGCGGAUACAGUCCCCGUGCCUAUCGCGACGGCUACCGUGACAGAAGCCCUCGCAGAGAGUACUACGACGAAAGGGCUCGCUACCGGUCGCCACCCCGGCGCCCCAUGGAUGACUAUCCCCCCCCUCCCCCGCGCGGUCGCUACGACGAUCCCUAUCGCCGGGACUAUCCCCCGCCUCCUCCGGACCCAUACGCCAACAGCAGGCCUCCUUAUGAGCGACCUCCUCGUGACUUCCCCCCUCCGCGCGACCCUGGAUACCCCCGCGAUCCUUACCCUCCCCGCGAGUAUGAACGUGGCGGCCGCUACUGGUAA